AUGUCUUCUCUCGAAAUUGAUCCGAGACUCAGCAUGGAGAAAUUUGGCUCCCACCCUGCGGACUCGUCUAUGACGGACGUGGAAAAAGGAACUGUGCACACUGCGACCACUCCGAUCGGGAAUGGCACUUCCAAACUGGCAAAACUGUCAGCGAGAAUUGAAGGUCUGGCAGGGAUCGAGACGCGAGGUAUCGAACGUGUCCCAGACGAAGAGCGUCAAGGAAAGGCAUCACUCAAGGACUACAUGCACAUGUUUCAGAUGUGGUUUGGCAUCAAUCUCACGGCAAACGGAAUCAACAUUGGUCUCCUGGGCCCCGCGGUGUAUGCGCUUGGGUUCACCGACGCGAUGCUGCUUUGCACCUUUGGCACCCUGACCGGAUGUCUCUGCACGGGAUACAUUGCAACAUUUGGCCCCCAAUCAGGCUGCAGGACCAUGGUUGUCACUCGGUUCUCGAUGGGAUGGUGGCCUUCCAGAUUGGCCGUCAUUCUGAACAUUGUCAUCGGCCUCGGAUACGGUGUCGUCAACUGCCUCACGGCCGGCCUGAUUCUAGCCGCAGUUAAUGGGCACGGUAUGACUCCGAUUGUCGGCGUGAUCAUCUCGGCCCUCAUCACUUGGAUCAUUGCUACCUGUGGGAUGAAAUGGUUCAGGACUUUUGAACAAUAUGCCUGGAUGCCUCAGAUCCUUCUUUUUAUGCUGAUGAUCGGCUGCACUGGUCCCCACUGGGACACCGACCUGAAGAGUCCUCUGAGCGGCCAACCGCUCCUGGCGUCGCGAAUCAGCUACUUCUUCCUCUCCAUGUCCCCUCCGCUCUCUUGGGCCUCGUACGCCACAGACUACUAUAUCUACUUACCAAAGAAUACUUCCAAAACCUUGCUCUGUCUGCUUACAGCCGGCGGAUGCCUCUGUUCGAAGCUCAUAGUCUUAUACAUUGGAAUCGGCCUCGGCAGCGGCCUUACGAGCAAUCCGGCCUGGGGUACCGCCUUUGACACGUCGACUGGAGAACUGAUUAUUACAUCUCUUUCUCCUUUGGGUACUUUUGGGAAUUUCUGUGGUGUCCUUCUGGCCCUCGGUUUGGUUGCAAACCAAGUCCCUGGCGCCUAUUCCUGUUCGUUCAACUUCCAGCUCCUGGGCUCGUGGCCCGCCAAGCUUCCACGGUACUUCUGGAGCACCGUCUCCGUCAUUAUCUACGCCGUCUGUGCCAUCGCCGGUCGCGCGUAUCUCCUCUCCAUCUUCAACGGCUUCCUGGCUCUGAUCGGAUACUGGACCAUCAUCUGGAUCGCUUUGGUUGCCGAAGAUCAGGCUUUUCGAUGGAAAUCCGGCUAUGACUGGGAAGCUUGGAACAACAAGUCCAAACUGCCACUGGGGAUCGCCGCCCUCAUCGCCUUUUGCGUCGGAUGGGUAGGAGCCGUUCUGUGCAUGUACGAGACCUAUUUCACAGGCCCCAUUGCAGCCAUGAUCGGUGGAGGUGCUGAUAUUGGACUUCCUGUUUCAGCCGCUUGGGCUGCGAUUGUCUACCCGCCCCUCCGCUAUUUGGAGUUGAAAUGGAUACACCGUUGA